AUGUCUACCGCCACCCACAGAGCACUUCUUGUCGAGUCGAAAGGCGCUCCCAUCGCCCUCGGGACACGCCCUACUCUGAAACCCGGAAAGGGUCAACUCUUGGUCAAGAUAGUUGCCGCCGCCUUGAACCCGGUCGACACCUUUCAGCACAAGAUGGGAAUGUUCGUUCCUUCCUACCCUUUCGUCGGUGGAUACGACGGCGCUGGCAUCGUAGAGGAAGUUGGCGAGGACGUCACCAAGUUCGCGAAAGGUGACAGGGUUCUGUAUAUCGCCGACUCCGCGACUCUGGAGAUGCAUACUUUCCAGGACUUCGGGAUCGCAGAUGCAUCUGUGACGGCCAAGGUUCCCUCUAAUGUUACCCUUGAACAAGCCUCGACCCUUCCGAUGUGCCUUGGCGUCGCAACCAUAGGACUCUAUGGCCAGUCGAGGAAGGCUCAUGGCGGAGCGGGUCUCGUUGCCCCCUGGGAGGGUGGCAGGGAUAAGUACCACAACGAACCUAUCAUCGUCAUAGGAGGAGCAAGCAACGUUGGCCAGAAUGCUAUUCAGCUCGCGAAGCUGUCUGGUUUCAGCCCCAUUAUCACCACCGCCUCCGCGCGCAACGAAGCGUACUGCAAAGCCGCAGGCGCGACCCAUGCCAUCGACUACACCAAGGUGCCCUAUGGACCCGCGUUCGCUGAGGCCGUCACGUCCAUCACGACCGCUCCCAUUAAGGUCAUCUGGGACUGCAUCGCGCUCGAGGAGUCUCAACUCGCCUGUUGGUCCAUCCUCGCGCCUUCCGGUACUCUGAUCGGCGUAAACCCCAACCCGCCCAAGUCCAUCGGAGAGAACGGUUUCGUGGACAAGGACGGGCGUAAGAUUAUCGGCGUGCUGGGGAGUGUGUUUAAUGACCAGGUAGGAGAUGCGCGGCUCGGGAAGAGUUUGUACGCUGCGUUGGAGGGGAUGUUGAGGGAUGGUGAUGUGAAGCCGAGUAAAGUCGAGUUGCUUCCGGAUGGGUUGCUUGGUAUUGCGGAUGGAUUGGAGAGGGUGAAGUUGAGGUCUGGGAAAGUCAGUGGCGCGAAGCUGGUCGCGAGGCUUGCGGACACGCCACAGUAAUAAUCUCCUCAUUUUGCAGAAUCAUCAUGGUC